AUGAGAAGUUGGAGAGCAGAUAUAUUUGUACACUGUCUCUACACGUGGCCAACUUGUGGAUGUACUUACCAAGGGAAUAAGUAA